CCGGCGCCGGGGUGCUCCUGGUGACGGCCAACGUCGGGUCCCUCUUUGACGACCCAGAAAAUUUACAGAAGAAUUGGCUUCGGGAAUUUUAUCAGGUUGUACAUGCACACAAGCCCCACUUCAUGGCUUUACACUGUCAAGAAUUUGGAGGAAAAAACUAUGAAGCUUCCAUGUCUCACGUGGACAAAUUUGUUAAAGAACUGUUAUCGAGUGAUGCGAUGAAAGACUACAACAGAGCUCGCGUUUACCUGGAUGAGAACUACAAAUCACAGGAGCAUUUUACGGCUCUAGGAAGCUUUUACUUUCUUCACGAAUCUUUGAAAAACAUCUACCAGUUUGAUUUUAAAGCUAAGAAAUAUAAAAAGGUUACUGGGAAAGAAAUCUACUCAGACACUUUAGAAAGCACGCCCAUGCUGGAAAAAGAGAAGUUUCCACAGGAUUAUUUCCCUGAGUGCAAGUGGUCCAGAAAAGGUUUCAUUCGAACAAGAUGGUGUAUUACUGAUUGUGCCUUUGACUUGGUAAACAUUCAUCUUUUCCAUGAUGCUUCCAAUUUAAUUGCUUGGGAAACAAGCCCAUCGGUUUACUCAGGAAUACGGCAUAAGGCUCUUGGCUAUGUACUUGAUAGAAUUAUAGAUCAGCGGUUUGAGAAAGUUUCGUAUUUUGUCUUUGGAGAUUUCAACUUUAGACUGGAUGCCAAAGCAGUAGUAGAGACACUAUGUGCAAAGGCUACAAUGCAGACUAUCCGGGCAGCUGACACAAAUGAAGUAGUCAAGCUAAUAUUUCGUGAAUCUGAUAAUGACCGAAAGGUUAUGCUACAAUUAGAAAAGAAGCUCUUCGACUAUUUUAAUCAAGAUGUAUUUAGAGAUAACAAUGGCACUGCGCUUUUAGAAUUUGACAGAGAGCUGUCAGUCUUUAAAGACAGAUUGUAUGAACUGGACAUCUCAUUUCCUCCCAGUUAUCCAUACAGCGAGGACUCUAACCAGGGAAAGCAGUACAUGAAUACGAGAUGUCCAGCCUGGUGCGACAGAAUCCUGAUGUCCCACUCAGCCAAGGAGCUCAUUCUGAAAUCAGAAAAUGAUGAGAAGAUAGUAAUAUAUGACCACAUUGGGCCAAAUGUCUGCAUGGGGGAUCACAAGCCUGUGUUCCUGUCCUUUCGAAUAGCUGCUGGGGCAGGAAAAAGAUGCCUACGAAAUGAGAAGAUUUUCCGUGAAACCACCCUGUAGCAAGGAGGGGAAGGAAUACGCAGUAUACUGAAAUACAUAAUCCUAACAACUGUAUCGAUAACUCCAGU